AUGUUUGGCGGAUCGACACUAAACUUCAACCAGUCCUUCCCAUAUUAUCUUAUCCCUCCAACCGAACAGUAUGCUAUGUGGCAGUACGAUAUGAGCAACGAUCUAUGGGCAGCUUUUGAUACCUCGAGUUCCGGCAUAUCAAUUCCUUCCUGGGGAGCCAACGCAGAAGCCACUGACCAUGGCCUCGCUUUCUACGUUGGGGGUCAACUCGAUGCCGGGACUGCAAAUACCACUCAGGAUUUGGGGGAAGACACCGUGGGCGUCGGUGGCAUGGUUGUGCUCGACACAACGUCAACCAGAAUCAAGAACGUGACCGUGGAAGAUUCUAUCAAAAGCAAUAGACAGGGCGCCGGUAUGGUUUAUGUGGACAACUUUGGGGAUGCGGGAGUUCUUGUUUUGGUGGGAGGACGUACCGACACGGAUGGAUUUCUGCCAAUGGACGAGGUCUCAAUCUUCGAUGUGGGGUCAACUGAUCUCGGCGACAACGCCUCUGCCGACAAGAACAAGUGGUAUCGACAAAAGACAAGUGGUCCGGUCCCCAAUUCUCGCACCGAUUUCUGCUUGGUUGCAGCGCCAUCGCAAGACAACAGCAGUACCAAUAUAUACAUGUAUGGUGGCCGGAGUAAUGGCGCCAUCUUUGACGACAUCUAUGUACUGAGCAUCCCAUCAUUUACAUGGAUUAAGGUGUUCGUUGGCGAGUCCGCACGGUGGUCAGUCACAUGCCACUUUAUCCCUCCUCGACAAAUGAUCACUAUUGGUGGCGGUGGUGACUCAACAACCGACAUAGCAGCCGACUGCGACUGGGAAUAUAAGAGUUUGGCGGUACUCGAUAUGAGCACGAUAGGAUGGUCAAGCACUUAUGAUGCUAAUGCCGGACCUUAUAAAAUCCCAGAUAGUGUGGUCAAGAUUAUCGGUGGAAGUCCACAGGGCAAUGCCACCAAGAUCCAACCUACAGAUGGGUGGAGUGACGAUGCGCUUGCUACUCUAUUCACAAUAAAGACAGUUACGUCCGACACAAGCGAUCCACCAAGUGUAACAACUUCUUCAACCUCAGCCUCAACCCCAACCACUUCUACAGCUUCAAGCGGCACUCCCGAGCCGGCCAAGAAACUAUCAGUCGGUGCAAUUGCAGGUAUCGCCGUCGGCGGUGUAGCCUUGAUAGCAUUAAUUGCUGGUGGUAUUUUCUUCUUCCUCAGAUCGCGCCGUACCCGCAGAUUAAGCCAGCAUGAUAUCGCGCUCAUCGAGAAAGAUGGCUUGCCGUCCUAUAGUAUCGCGGCAUCCCUAUCCAGGGCGGAACUGGUCGGUACACCUCAAGCUGCUGAGCUCUCUGCUAAGCAGAACGGGCAUGACCACGAUGGCAAACCGCUGCCCGUGGAGAAGGACGGUGGUAUACUCCGGGUUGCGCCCGUUGAAAUGGAUGCACGCGCACGCGCACGCGCAAAUACACCUAUUGAAAUGGAGUGA